CAUUUGAAUGCCAUUAAAAAAUUGCAUGCAAGGUUGUAACCAUGGACCCUUUCAUGAAUAUAAAACCCAAACCCCCCAAGGACUACACCACAGCUUCAGCUUCAGCUUCUGCCUUUUUUUUUAUCUCUUCACUCUGUUCGGUGUUUGGUGUCACUUGAUUUUGAGGCCUAAGAAGAUGGAGGGAAGAAGGGUUGUUGGCUGGGCUGCUAGGGAUGCUUCUGGGCUUCUCUCUCCUUAUUCAUUCACUCUCAGAAAAACAGGUCCUGAAGACGUGGUGAUCAAGGUGCUCUACUGUGGAAUGGACCACACGGAUCUUCAUCAGAUGAGGAACGAAGUACACUCCACUAAUUACCCUUUGGUCCCAGGGCAUGAAGUAGUGGGGGAAGUGGUGGAGUUGGGUUCAGAAGUAAAGAAAUACAGAGUUGGGGACAUGGUAGGAGUUGGAUGCAUAGUUGGGUCUUGUGGGAGAUGCCUCUCUUGUAAUUCCAACAUAGAGCAAUACUGCAAUAACAGAAUCUUCACCUACAAUGGUAUCUACAAAGACGGAAGACCAACUCAAGGAGGGUUCUGUUCUGCCAUGAUUGUUCAUCAAAAGUUUGUUGUGAGGAUUCCAGAAAAGCUUUCACCGGAGCAAGCUGCACCACUGCUGUGUGCUGGGGUGACGGCUUACAGUCCCUUAAGACAGUUCAUGGGGUCCGGUAAGGUUCUCAAUGCAGGAAUUUUGGGUUUGGGGGGAGUUGGUCAUCUGGGUGUUAAAAUAGCGAAGGCAAUGGGGCAUCAUGUGACUGUGAUCAGCUCUUCUGAUAAGAAAAGGGAGGAGGCUUUGCAGCACUUGGGAGCGGAUGCUUUCCUAGUGAGCUCCAAUGCGGCUGAGAUGGAAGAAGCUGCAAACAAUCUUGACUAUAUUCUUGACACCGUGCCGGCUUUGCACCCUUUGCAGUCUUAUCUUUCACUUCUUAAAGUUGAUGGGAAGCUAUUCUUGGUUGGAGUAUCUCCAAAACCACUGCAAUUUGAUGCAACCGAUUUGAUUCUAGGGAAGAAGAAUAUUACUGGAAGUUUCAUUGGAAGCAUGGAAGAGACUCAAGAAAUAUUAGACUUCUGGGCUGAGAAGAAUUUGACUUCAAUGAUAGAGAUAGUGAAGAUGGACUACGUGAACAAGGCAUUUGAAAGAAUGGAAAGAAGCGAUGUCAGGUAUCGGUUUGUGGUGGAUGUAGCUGGUAGCAACCUUGAAUGAUUAACCUCAUCAUCGCCCCGCCUCUCAGAGAAUACAAUAAAUUUUGAUGGGAUUCUUCCUAUGGCAUGUGUGUCCUGCAACCAGAGUUAUAUUAAUGUGUACCAUGAGUGGAAAUAAGGUUCCUGAAAAAUAAAAUCCUCAUAAGUCCAAUUAUAGACUUUGAUUGAUUUCC